GGCGUUUCCGCCCGGGCGGAAGCCUGGGGAGCGCAUCGCCGGCGAGCGCGGGUCCCGGGUCUUCCCUUAAGGAGCCGGCUGUGACCUGAGGGGUAGGAGGGACCUGAGCAGUGGCGCUAGGAUGGGAAACAGUGCCCUCCGCGCUCACGUGGAAACCGCGCAGAAAACUGGUGUCUUUCAGCUUAAGGACCGUGGACUGACCGAGUUCCCCUCAGAGUUGCAGAAGCUGACAAGCAAUCUCAGGACCAUCGACUUGUCCAACAACAAGAUCGAGAGUCUACCGCCUAUGAUUAUAGGGAAGUUCACACUGCUGAAGAGCCUCUCCUUGAACAACAACAAACUGACUGUUCUUCCUGAUGAGUUAUGCAAUCUGAAAAAACUAGAAGCACUAAGCCUAAACAACAAUCAGUUGAGAGAGCUGCCGUCCACUUUUGGGCAACUCUCUGCCCUUAAGACCCUGAGCCUCUCUGGGAACCAGCUGAGAGCACUACCACCCCAACUUUGUAGCCUACGGCACCUGGACGUAGUGGACCUCUCCAAGAACCAAAUUCGGAGCAUACCUGACACAGUGGGCGAGCUGCAGGUCAUCGAACUCAACCUCAACCAGAACCAGAUAGCUCAGAUCUCAGUGAAGAUAUCUUGCUGUCCUCGCCUUAAAGUUCUUCGUCUGGAGGAGAAUUGUCUUGAGCUCAGUAUGCUUCCACAGAGCAUCCUCAGUGAUUCCCAGAUCUGUCUGCUUGCUGUGGAAGGCAACCUUUUUGAAAUAAAGAAACUUCGAGAACUGGAAGGCUAUGAUAAGUACAUGGAGAGGUUCACAGCCACCAAGAAGAAGUUUGCAUGAUGUUCUCCAGUAGCAUGGGAACCGUACAAGACACUGGCUUGGAACCUGUUGCAGUCUGCCUGGAUGAAAGGCUUCUGUUGUUGUCAAGGAUAUCUGCAGUGAGGAGAUGAUACUCCAGGAGGUUAUAUUUCACUCAAUGAUCUUUUUCCUUUCCAAGGCUCAUCUCAAAUUAGCUAAAAGGAAUUGAAAGACAGGAAGAGUCCUCCAUUUUGAGUCACAGAUAGGGCAAAGGACAAUGUUGAUCUUCAAAACCAUCAUUAGUUUGGGUUUAAGAAACCCAGUAGCUAGUUGCUAUGUAUACAGUGAGGGGAUGCUGCCUGGUACCAGAAUAGCUCCACACAACAGCUUGAAAUUUCAUGUUGCAAUGUGCAAGCUCAUAAAAUCAGUUGCCAUUCCACCUCUGUGUUAACACUUCAUAUUUUUAUGAAAUUCAAGUAAUUCAUGAGAGGCUGCUAUGGUUAAUCUAAGAAUUUAUGGUUUUAUUCCAGUCCAUCUGUUUAAUUGCAAUGUUUAUACUUGGAAUUUAGGAUGUUAUGUAAAUGUAUGACUUGAUUAAAAGUGUACUUUGUCAGGAGCAACAACACAACACUAAGAGGUGUUCUCCAAGGCUGCAGUAGCAAUUUUUUUUUUCCUAUUGCAGGUGCCUUAUUGAUAGAGGGCUCUGAAGAGCUAAAACUGUAUAUGCAAAACUUGUAAGAUACAAGGGUUUUAAUAAUCAAGAUUUUCCUGAAGCUUUGUUAGAAACAGUAUCUUAUUUCUGGUAAUCUUUUUGUAUUUACAACUCUAAUAAUCAAAUUACCUAGAAGAAAACUACUGCUACAAUAUUUUACAAAAAUUUAUGUUUAUCAAAUUUAUUCUCUGAAUGAGAGAAUAUACUAAAUAAAGAUUUUUUAAUAACUA